AUGGCUCUGGUGCCCCUGCGGCCCGGCAGAGCCGCCGGCCGCCUCCUGCCGCUGUUCUGCGGGGGGACCAGGAGCAAGGGAGCCUCCCUGAGCCCCGGGGUGCCGGGCCGCCUCGGCCAGCGGCGCUACAAGAAAGACGUGUUACCCUCCCCCGAGGGGCCCGCGCCCUCCGUCUCCAUCACCGAGAUCCGGCAGUACCUGCGGGCCCACGACAUCCCCUUCCACGACGGGUACAGCUGCCUGCACACCCCCAGCCUCUUCACCGCCGACCACGCGGACCAGCCAUCGCAGGCAGCCGCCAGUGCCCCGUACACGCUUUUCAUUGACAAGACCACGGGCAGCUUCCUGUGCACGGCCACCCUGGCCGAGGGCACCUGGCAGGACUUCCAGGCCAAUGUGGAGCUGUGGCACCGUGGCAUUCCCCCCGCCACCUCGGAGGAGAUGGAAGAGGACAUGCGACAGGCUAGCGAAGAUGCCCGCUGCAUCUGGGACCGGGCUCUGCCGCUCUGGGAGCUGCUGGAUGAGGAGGAGACCAACAAGACCAAGGCCAUGUUUGGUAUCUCCCUGGUGUCAAAUGCCACCCUGAAACGCUUCGGGGUGCGUUAUCUGAGGACUGCCAAAUCCCUGGUCUUUCCCUGGUUCAGCCCCCGCAAUGCAACCCUGAAGGGCCUGAAGCUUGUGAGGGUGGAGAAAAAGGGGAACACGGUAGCUUACCUAGAAGAGACUUUACCCCGCAUCGAUUCCUAUCACAAUCUUUUUGGGUUGCCCCUGAUCGGCUGUCGAGACACGGAGCUGGUCUUAACUGGGUGGGAGCUGGAUGCCUUGGCCUUGCACCAAGCUGCAGGGGUGGCCAGCCUGGCCCUGCCGCGGGGAACCACCUGCCUGCCUCCCGCCCUCCUCCCCUACCUGGAGCAGUUCAAGCGCAUCACCCUGUGGCUCGGUGAGGACCUGCGCUCCUGGGAAGCUGCCAAGCUCUUUGCCCGCAAGCUGAGCCUCAAGCGCUGCUCUCUGGUGCGCCCUGGGAACCUGCAGCCCCGGCCCUUGGAGGCUCUGAACCAGGGCCUGAACUUCACCAAGAUCCUGCGUGCUGCCCUGCCCGCCAGCCACAAAUCCAUCAUCUCCUUCCGGCAGCUGCGUGAGGAGGUGUUCGGGGAGCUAGCCAACACCGAGCAGGUGGCUGGCAUCAAGUGGAUGCGCUUCCCCGAGCUCAACAAACUCCUCAAAGGGCACCGCAGAGGGGAGCUUACUGUCUUCACAGGCCCAACGGGCAGUGGGAAGACCACCUUUAUCAGCGAGUAUGCGCUGGACCUGUGCAUGCAGGGAGUGUGCACGCUGUGGGGCAGCUUUGAGAUCAACAAUGUCCGCCUGGCCAAGAUCAUGCUGACACAGUUUGCGGGUCGACGCCUGGAGGACCAGCUGGAGCUGUACGAUGAGUGGGCCGAUCGCUUUGAGGAUCUCCCGCUCUACUUCAUGACCUUCCAUGGCCAGCAGAACAUCAAGACGGUGAUUGACACCAUGCAGCACGCUGUCUACAUGUACGACAUCACCCACGUCAUCAUCGACAACCUCCAGUUCAUGAUGGGACAGGACCACCUCUCUGUGGACAGGCUCAUUGCCCAGGACUACAUCGUUGGUGCCUUCCGCAAGUUUGCCACGGACAACAACUGCCACAUCACCCUGGUCAUCCAUCCCCGCAAAGAGGAUGACGAGAAGGAGCUGCAGACAGCCUCCAUCUUUGGCUCUGCCAAGGCCAGCCAGGAGGCUGACAACGUCCUCAUCCUGCAGGAGCGUAAGCUGACGACAGGGCCAGGGAAGCGCUUCCUGCAAGUGUCCAAGAAUCGCUUUGAUGGGGAUGUGGGCAUCUUCCCUCUGGAGUUCAGCAAGGCCUCACUCACUUUCUCAUCCUCCAAAAGCAAGUCCAGGCUGAAGAAGGUGAAGGAGGAGAAGGAGCUUUUAGCCAAGAAAGCUCUGGAGGGAGGCAUAGGAGCCUCCAAGAAGCCAUGAGCCCAUCAGGUCUCUUCCUCCGUUUGUCUGGAGGGAUGGGGGACUAGUGCUGACAGCACAGGGCUGGAGUAUGCCAGUCCCUCUCUCUGGGAGCAGCAGCCACAUGCCACUGUGGCCCCUCUUCCUGCAUGAACCAACCUCUUGGCCACAAGCACAGUGUCUCUGAGUACCACUGUGAGAGGAGGAGUGGGCUAAUCCUAGAAAAGAGUGAGCUGGGGAAGGUGCUUUGACAAACACUGGCUGCUCCAUGCUGGUGCUAAGUGCUGGGAGCAUGGUGGGAAUGGAGUCAGUCUAGGCUGGGUGAUGGUGGUGAUCACCUGUGGUCCAGGGACUUGGGUAUCUCUGGACUUGUGACGCGUCGUUACAUUGUGGCUAAAAUGGAGCUGAAAUCAUGAGUUGUUGCCAAGUGGGAGGGACUGAGUGGGGGCAGCUGUGUAGAGGGACACAUACUGGAAAAACCCCCGUCUUGAGUGGGGUUCUGAGGGCUCAGUCCUGGCUGGGAUGGAGUCAGCAUGGGAAAGAUGGUGACAUGUGGGAGAUUGUGGAUGGCUCUUGCCCUGGAACUGUGUGCUCAUGGUGGGAGUGGGUGCGAUGUGGCACUCUCCAGCUCUGCCCUCUUGGCUGGCACCCAACCUGACUCCCUUUGCUCAGGGUCUCCCAAGCCCUUUUCUCCGGGCAUCAUCAGCAAUAAAAUCUCGCAGGGAGCAGCCCUGCCUUGCUCUGCUGCGCUGGGGGAUCUGCCACCCCCCUGCCCUCUGGGCAGCAGGCAGCAAAUACUGUGACCUGGCCAGUCCUUGCCUUGGUAGGAUGAGUCCACAGCUGGAUCUUGGUCGAAUCCCUUCAAUUUUUUUUUCCCUUCCUAUUUUUAUUAAAGAAUAAACGCGAGUGCCUUUUCUGUC